AUGAAGAAAAGUACGGCUGAGAGUCGACCAACUGUACCAAGGAAAUUUGACAAGGACAGGAAGUUCACGUCCAAGAGAAUGGGGAGGCAGCUAUCAGAUUUGGGGCUUGAUCCUAGAAUGGCAAUUAACCGAGCCCGCAGCAGAUCUGUCCCUAGGAGGGGCUAG